UUGGAGUCAUUUCAUUGUGUGGUUUUUUUUUCCUUCCUUCCAAUGGAAGCAGCGGUGCUGAACCCCGCGAUAAUGCCGGAGGUGGACUGCAACAGAAACACCCUGAACGCCGAGCUGGAGGUGAAGAAGCUGCAGGAGCUGGUGCGGAAGCUGGAGCGGCAGAACGAGCAGCUGCGGACCCGGGCGAGCGGCUGCACCGGCGGGCCGCAUGUGCUGCCGCCGGCGGCCCCGGCGUUCAAGACCUACUGCCGGCCCAGCCCACUGCCUUCACUGCUCUGUCAGCCGUCCUCGGGGUCAUUCACGCCCACGGAGGAGCCUUUCCAGUACUUCCACCCGCACACAGGCGGGGAUGGAGCGGCUGCUGCUUGGGAGGAAGCUGAUGGGGAGGAAGCAUCCGAGCCGUCGGUUCUGGACGAGCUGGAACUUUUGGACCUGGACUCUCUGUCCUGCUCGGAUCACUCUGACGAAACCUGGUUGUACACGUCGUCAAGAGCCUGUGAGUCCUCGGAGGACUCCAUCAGUCCUCUGCAGUGGUGCCGGAAAGCCCUGGACUGUCCCAAGUCGGAGGUGGAGGACGCCAGGAGGUCGCUGUCCCUCCGACUGGAACAAGUCUCCCGGUGGCGUAGCUCCCUCUCCACCCCCUCCCCUUCCUCCUCCACUUCCUCUCCCGGGCCUCCUCUGAGCCGAGUGGCCGGAAUGUCCCCCAUCAGUGUUCCCCCUUCUGCCAAACCGUGCUCCACCCCUCAGUCACUGGACAGACCUGCUCCUCCCCUCUCCUCCCCGCUCCACCCUGUCCUGCACCGGACCCUGAGUCCUGUAGGGAAGGAGCUCUCCCCUGUAGCUGAGAGGACUCCCACCUUCUUCCCCCACAGCCGCAGUCGCAGCCUCCGACGCAUGGCCUUCAGUCCUCAGUCGUCCAUAGACAGCGACCUCGGCGCCUUCGAGGUGGAGGAGGACUGCAUCGCUCUUGGGUACAAGCUGCAGGACCUCACAGACGUCCAGGUCAUGGCCCGACUGCAGGAGGAGAGUCUAAGGCAGGACUUCGCCAGCACGUCGAGCAUGCUCGCCAACCGCCGCAGCCAGAGCUUCACCUUCCAGCUCAGCCAGCUCAGCGCCGGGCCCGACCUGGAGGAGGAAGACGAGGAGGAGGAGGACGACGAAGACUACGGCCUCCUGCCGCCGCCGCAGCCGCGCCUCACCCGCCUCCCGCACUCCCACACCUUCUCCAGCAUCCGAGACUGGCGAAGAAGCACAAGCUCCCUGUGCACCCCUCCUUCCACCCCCUCCACUCCUCCCUACCCCGCCGCUGGGUUCGCCUUUCCAGCUCAACCCCAAACGCAGCCGCAGGGACUCGGCCUGGGACUGGGACUGGGACUGGGACUGGGACUCGGCAGCCUCUGCACGGCCGAGUCGCAGGGCUUCAGACCAGGAUCAGCCGAAUAUGAGAAUAAACUGCGGCGGAGCAUGCCUAACCUCGUCAGAACUCCCAGCAUGCCAAGUGUGCCCGUUCCAACCAAUCCUUGUGCUUCCCCUUCUUUGCUUCGUAACAGCCAGAGUUUUGAUUCGUCCAGCGGACUGGCUCGACUGCAGUCCUCAAUCCCCUCCCCAGGCCAGCUCCAAAACAGGGUCCAGAGCGUCGGAAACUUCACCUCCUUAUCACGGCAACCGCUAAAAGCCACCGCCUACGUCAGCCCCACCAUCAAGGGCUCCCCGUCCAUGCCCACCUCCACCAGCCUCCAGUCUCUAAAUACAAGCACGGGGGCUAACAGCGGGAUCCCUCUGCUCAGCAAACAGUCCAUGUCCAAUUCCACCCUGACCACGGCACGCAGCGGCCUGCCCCGGCCCGCCUCCUUCAUCGGCUCUCCAAGCUCCACGCCCCGCAGCAAGAUGGCCCAACCAGCACGAAGUUUGCUGACUCCUCCAAAGAGCUUGUCCACCCUCAGUGCCCUUCGUGACAGCGCCUGGAGAGACGGCUGCUACUGAUGAACAAACCGUGCAGGAGGUGCAGUGGCGCCCCGCUGGCUGGGGUAAUCCACUACACCUCGACAUGAGAAAUUUCCUUGGGGGGUUAUUUGAACCAAAAAAAAGUUGACCUUAAAUCUGAGAUCCUGCAUAGAGAAAAUAAUUCAAUGUAAUCCAAAAGGGGGCCACUCUGAUCUCGCUCUAUGCAGAAUUUCUUCGGGGAAGGCGGGUUGUUUUUAUCUCAUUGGUCCGUGCCAAGGGGGAGUCGUUCCCCGUCGCUCUUGUGCAAUAAGCCACUGACUGUAGGCUACCAGUAAUACUCACCUGCUAAAGAGGGCUGCCAGUUUUUACGAGCCUCAACACUGUAUUUAUUUAUUUAUUGAGGUAUUUAUUUUGAAUAAAACGUUUUGACUAAUCAGGUGUUUUCCCUCUGGCAUGUGAAAUGUAAAAUGUAAUCAGUCCCUGAGAGUUUGGGCACAUUUGGUCGAAUUUUUACAAGCGAAACAUUAAAAGUAUGUACUUAUGUUCAAAGCUUAUUAUUAAUGUCCAUAUAUAUAUAUAUAUAUUUAUUGAUGCAAUAUUAUUCACUUUUAAAUGUGACCAAAAGGAAAAGGUCUGAAUGUGUUUGCACCACUGUGUCACCAUAGCAACACAAAUUGGUACAUAUUAACACUUUAAAAAAGGAGCGUUAAUGAAACUGUUCUUGUUGCACUUUGUAUAAACUUUCUGAUUCUUUGUGUUCUGUUUACAAAUGUUUGCACUUCUUUUACGUUUCUGGAUUUAGGGGAUCAAAGCGUUAGUUUCACGUCACACAGAUACACGGCGUAAAUGUAGCACUUUCUGUUUGUAACAUGUGACCUGUGUUUUUAACUGACCGUGACGAUUGCACAUUUCACACAACAAUGACAAUUUUGUUACCGUGAUGGACUGAAUGAGUGAACAUUUUAAUAAAACAUACUGAAAUAAGAA